GGCACGGCCUCCUGACUGACAGCUCGCGCAGCUGGCGCCUCGGAAGGACCCGGCUCUCAGGCCCGCGCAGUGGCCGCAGCGCCGAGCCGGGAAGCAGCCGUUCGCUCCCAGGUCCGACCCGUCGGCCGGUGCCCGCCGCGGUUUUGGGGAAUACAGUUGACUCUGGAACAGCAGGUUCAACGGGUUUGAGCUGCACGGCUUGCUUAUAUGCAGAUAAUACAGUACCGUGUCACACUGAGUAACGUCUGUGAAAACCUAGCAUUUGUGGGUGACCAUUGCUGAGCUUUCCUUGUUGGCUGAUCUCUACUGUAAUAGGAAUUAGGAAACCUCUUUAAAUGCUGUGGAAUAAAUGUCUAAAUCAGACAUUGCCUGCAUCACCCCCAAACAGGGAGACCCCUGGAUUGCGUCUUCUUCCGUAGUGAUGGGCAAGAGAGGAUUUUAUUUAUUUAUUUGAGAGAGAGCAUGAGAGGGAAGAGGGUCAGAGGGAGAAGCAGACUCCCCGCUGAGCAGGAAGCCUGAUGCGGGACUCGAUCCAGGGACUCCAGGAUCAUGACCUGAGCCGAAGGAAGACAUGCACGCGAGUUUUUCAUCUCUGUCUCCUUAAAACCACAAUGGCUCAGAAGGAAGGAAGCCCUGGUUACAGAAGGCCUGUCUUUUUCCCUCAAGGUCACUCGAUGCCCUAGGGCCACGAGCGCUGCCCCUGAGGACUCCUGGUGGCCAGCAGCUCCGAAGCCACUCAGGCGCUUGGCCUCCAGCUCCCACUGACACAUCCGGGCAUCCUGUCUGCUGGCCUUCCAGCCUUCCAGCCUACCCGAACCAUGGAGGCCCCUGAGGUCCCCGUGGGAGCGCUGAUUGACUUCGGGACUGAGCCGUCCCCCUCCUCGCCCCUAGAGACACUGCCUCCGAAGCUGCGGGAUGGGGACAGCUCCCAAGGCGAUGGUGCUUCGGAGAGCGAGACCACAGAGUCUGCGGACAGCGAGAAUGACAUGGGCGAGUCGCCCUCACACCCGUCCUGGGACCAGUACCGCCGCUCCUCCUCCAACGAGUCCUUCUCUUCCAACCAGAGCACCGAGUCAGCCAAGGACGAGGAGACCCUGGAGUUCCGGGAGUUCAUGCGCAGCUACGUGGAGAAGAUCUUCUCUGGAGGGGAGGACUUGGACCAGGAGGAGAAAGCCAAGUUUGGAGAGUACUGUAGCAGUGAGAACGGAAAGGGCCGCGAGUGGUUUGCUCGAUACGUGAGUGCCCAGCGCUGCAACUCCAAGUGUGUCUCGGAGCCGACCUUCUACCGCCUGGUGCAGUCUUUCGCCGUGGUCCUGUUCGAGUGUCAUCAGAUGGACGACUUCGGGCCUGCCAAGAACCUCAUGACCAUGUGCUUCACCUACUACCACAUCGGUAAGCCGCACCUGCUGCCUUCUGAGUCCAAGGAGAAGCCCGCGGGGAGCAUCGACUCCUACCUAAAAUCCGCCAACAGCUGGCUGGCAGAGAAGAAGGACAUCGCUGAGCGGCUGCUGAAGAACACAUCGGCCAAGACAGAGAAUGUCAAGGGCUUCUUUGGGGGGCUGGAGACCAAGCUAAAGGGACCCCUGGCCAGGAAACACGAGGAGGAAGAGAACAAGCCCAAGGAGAAGCCGCAGAAGACUGUGACCGUGUGCAGCCCGGAGGAAGAAAGGAAGGGGGAGAAGAUCUACCUGUACACACACCUGAGGCAGCAGCCCAUCUGGCACACGCUGAGGUUCUGGAAUGCGGCUUUCUUUGACGCCGUCCACUCUGAGAGGAGAAAGCGGUCUCCCACCACCAGAGGGGAUGCUGGAGAGGAGGAGAAGAAGAGGGAGAAGUGGUGCCACAUGACCCAGGAGGAACGCAACGACAGUCUGCGGUUCAAUGAGAACAUCACCUUCGGGCAGCUGGGCACGUUCACUCACAACAUGCUGGCGUUCGGGCUCAACAAGAAGCUGUGUAAUGAUUUCCUGAAGAAGCAGGCCGUGAUCGGCAAUCUGGAUGAAGAGCAAUACAAGCUGCUGAGCGACCACAUUGAACAGAUGGCCAUCGAGUAGGCAGGCCGUGGGAGGUCGCCCAGAGCACCCUCCAGGAGGACUGAAGGUGCACACCCCUCUCCUGGGCCAGCGACUGGCUGUCACCCCACCUGAAGACCCUGCAUGACCUCGGCAGCACCCAGAGCCGCUCCACACUGCCCUAGAACUAGCGGUUAGAACAAUCUGGUUGCCCGUCUCCCCACCUCCCUUCUGCCUUGUCUGCUCCCCCCAUCCGCGUGCCAUAGGGUCCCUGGGAUUACACGAUAAAACCAAGGUGACUGCCCCUACUCCUGGGUGUCAGGCCUGUGACAGAGGACCGAGCAGGAGGCGGAGGAAGGACACCAGGGCCGAGGUGGGCCCAGGGCAGCACCUGCUGCAGCCGCCUGCGGGAGAGGGAGGGGGUGGGGUGCCCGUGGGAAUGCAGGUGGGGGCAUCAUGAGCUGGCACACGCCAAUGACAUGGGUGACAGUCUGGGACCCUCUUCUUCAGCAGCGGGAUGGAGUAGGGGUACUCCGCCAGUCGGGGCUCCUGCUGAGCCACAGCCCUGCGCAGGGGGCGGUGGGCCUCCCCGGGCAGGCUGGGUCAGUCCGUGGCUGCUGCUGGCCUCGCCAGCUCCCCACUGUGUGACCGGAACUGGAGUCACAGGAACCGCUAGGAGGAAAGGGACACUUCCUAUCUUAGAGAGGGAGAGAGCCCAGUGCAGAAGGCCCUGGCUGCGGAAGGCCCAGCGAGGGGUGUGAGCGCCCCAGAGGCCUCUUGGGAUCUGCGUGGCUGCUUGGGACUCACACCAGCACCGAGGUGUCAGUGUCAGGCCAUCUGAAAUGCUCCUGGUCAGCUGACGGCUUCCUUCUGAAGCAGAGAGAGUCCUGCACUCCGUCCCUGGGAGUAGCACGGGCUGUGUGCCCCGUGAAGAGGCACCAGAGAAGUCUCUUCAGUAGCUGCAAGACAACCACCCUUUCUAAAAGCAGACACUGCUGUUCUGUAUUUCAAGGAAGACAGAAAAAUCUGCGACGGUGUUAGACAGCGGGGCAGAGGCGGCUUCCCGGGGCAGUUGCAUGAGGCUCAUGGGUGGAGCGGCCAUGCGGCAUGGGGCCCUCCGCCCCCCGGCAGCCUUGGGAAGGCGCCUCUGCCCCCCUCGGCCCUCGCCGGCUGACCGCUGUCCUGCACACUCUGCAGAUACCCCUCGUCGUGCAUCCGGUGACCAGGAACCCUGGCUUUUCUCUCGGGGUUUGUCCCGGCUCGAGAGGACUGACGUGUGACAGCAAGCAGCCAGCAUGCGGCUCCUCCGGCCUGAAUAUUUCCCCAUCCGUCCGCUUCCCUCUGCCUCGCCCCUCGCGCUUGGGCACUGACCUUGAAAGUAGGCCCCGGGGCGUUCUCCUUCAUCCUCCCCUCCUGUUUCCCUCUCUACCUCCUCUCCUCUCGGUCAUUACAUUACAGUCUCCUCUGGAGCACAGCAAAAACAUGCCUGGUAGUCACUCACCCAUCCAGUGCUGGAACGCUUUCCCUCAUGGGAUGCCUCCCUGGAAUGUUCCAGAGACGAGCUGUAGCCGCACGUCUCGGUGAGGACAGGAGAGGUGACGUGAAGCAUGGUGUGAUGGGAGUGGGCAUGAGGACAGGAGAGGUGACAGGAAGCAUGGUGUGAUGGGAGUGGGCUGGUGUCCAAAGGCUGGAUCCCAAAACUCAGCUUGUUUUUAUGAUGGCAUCGUGUGUGUGUGUGUGUGUGAGAGAGAGAGAGAGAGAGAGAGGUCAGCCUAUCUGGCGAUGUCACCAAACAGAGCACAGCUGUGUUGCUGGGGCAGGUCCCACAGACCGCAGGUCCCCCCCACCCCCCGGCCAGUGUUGGGCCCCAGGGACAGUGCAUGCCUCUACCGAAUGCAUUUCAGAGAAAUAAGGUCAAAUUAAUGAGUAUGUGGACCCUCUUCCAAUGCCUAUUUCAGAUAAGGCAUCCCCUCCUAAAACGCUCAACUGUGACCCCUGAACCGUUGUGCUCCCCUCCCUCUCUGUAGAAUCAGGGCCGCAUGGGGAGGGGGGCUGUCUGAGGCCCCUGCAAGGCUCUCCUUUCAACUGCAUUAUCAUUGGCUUUAUUAGUCAUUUCUCAGUAGUUAGUUGAAAUGCGUUACAACUUUAUUGUAAGGUGCCCCAAAGACUUAUCCUUGUAUAUAUCAGAUUUUUGUAUAGAAGCCUGAUUCUGAUUUCUGGAGGGAGUGAAGUGGGUUCUGAGGCUCUUUCCAGAGUGCCAGGGAGUGGGCAUGGCCCUUUCCCCCUGGGGAGGGGCCGGUAGGACCCCUCCGCCUUUGGAGGGAAACACCCCUUUGACUUCUUGGGCUUUUCCAAGCACUUUAAUUUCAAAAAUGAUAUUGAGACGUUGAUUCCCCCCUGUAGGCCUCUUGAAGUAGCAGUUGGAGGUGGAAGCAAGGCCUGCUUAGGGUUUUCUCCGCCCCCGCCGCCAUUGCUUGUUCUUCUGGCUGGGCAGAGUGGGGUUGGGCUGCCGGGCUUGCUUGGACCGUGCCAGAGACCUGGACCCUCCUCAGAGGCAGCAUUUCACCUCACAGUGCCUCUGGCCGGUGUCACUUGGAGGAGUCCCGUCCCUAGAAAGAAGGCUGGCAGCCUGCCCUACUGAGGGUGCCUCUGUCCCUGGGACUCCGUCUCUCCCCCUGGGGGCCCGGCCAGAGCAGACCGACGUGGGACAUCUCAGAGGUCCCAGCGUGCGGAGAGGGCUCCCUCUGGUGCACACACAGGGACACGUUGGUGUGAGAGCCCUGCGAACCCUUCCUAUAAACUCAGGAACAGUAGACUCAGUGCAGGAAGGGUCAGAUCAUAUCCUAGAAGAGAGCUUCCCGUCCCAGCAGGUAGAGUGUCCGAAGCUGGGAGCUCUGAAGGCUCGCCCUUCGGCACUGGUGUUUCAGACUUUCUGCUGGCUGUCCUCCGGGGCUGUGGAAAUCCCAGUGAGCCAGGACAGCUAAUCCUCUCAAAUAAAAAGUUCCCUGCUUGGAAAACAGGAUGAUGUUGAGAUGCAGCUUUUGGAGGUGGGGCUGGUGCUGAGGGAGAGCGAGAGAGAGAAUCCCAAGCAGGCUUCACACCCAGUGGGGAGCCCAAGGCGGGGCUCAGUCUCAUGACCCUGAGAUCAUAACCUGAGCUGAAACCAAGAGUCAGAUACUGAACUGACUGAGCCACCCGGACGCCCCAAGAUGCAGCUCUGUGUUUAGCCUUUGUUUUAAUUUUAGCAAUAUUGGUAGAUGUGUAAGCGGGGGGGGGGGGGGGGCACGUUAAUAUUCAGGUUGCAUCUGCUGUGUGUGUGCAUGUGUGUUUAACCAAAGGUAGGAGAGCAGGAUUCCGAUAUCCUAAGUUAUUUGUACAGUAAAAUGGAGUGAACUAUGAUUUUCCUGUUGCCAAAAAAGGGGGGGAGGGUUUGCUAAGAAGUUCUUAAGUUACCAAAAGGAGGACCAGAAAAGAGUCCCGUUUUCUGAGUUCUGUACCCAAAUUAAAAUCUAGGAUGUUCAGGUUAGCCCGAGAGCCCACCUGGGGGCAGGUCAGCCGGUGAAACCCCCCAAGCAGACGUGAACAGAGGCCCAGGGCAAGAGCCAGGCAUGCCUCCCUUUUCUCUGUGCUCCUCUGCGGAGUCGAAACCAGUGUGUGCCCUACUUCUCCAAGCCCAGCUAGACCGCAGAGUUCAUUGCCGGGGAGAGGAGACCCAGCCUUGGAGUUUGCUCCCCGAUGGAAUGUUUUAUGCGACUAGCUUGUGCCACUGAGUGCCUGGCAUUCCAGACUCCGGAUGCAAGGCACACCACGAAGGAGUGUGUGCGAGGCUCUGUCUAACCCCCGUGACCGUGACCACCAAUCGGGGCUGAAAGUUGCAGGCCUGACCCUCCUGCUCGUUACAGCUGCCUAACGGUGGGCUUUUAUUUAGGGAGGAUCCAGGUGAGCCCGUGAGGUUUGAUCAGUUUUGUUACCAGAUUACCUAAAACUGGAGAUACUUGGCAGCUGGGGUGGGGGGUGGGCGGGAGUCCUUUGUCCAGAACAGUGAGGAAGCUUUGGAAGAAGAAUUUGUCAUCCAGAGUGGGGAACCUGGGCGCAGGGGAGCGAGGUCCAGCCCCAGCCUCGGGAGAGGGGGGUACAGCGCUCAGACCAGCUCAGGCAGCUCUCUUCUCUCCCCAUCUUCAGUCAAGGACCAGCUGCCGGGUGGGAGUUCCUCCUGCCCCCUAGUCCCCCAGCCUUGUAGUUCUGAACCCUUACUCUCAUGUCUCUCUGCGUCCCCCUAGGUUCCCUAUAAAUCAUUUAUUCCUUAUGACUCCCGGGGAGGAGUUUCACCAAAAAGGGAAUUGCAUCGGCUAGAAGCACCCCUAAUUGAGUAAUGUGCAAUGUUCAGACCUCGGGCAAAGCCACACAGGCCAUAUGUCCCAUACGUCCUUGUCGUCGUGGGGCUGGGAAUAGGGGGUGUGUUGUUCACCAGAUAACAAAUGGAGGAGUCCUUUUCAGAUUGUUCACCUUCAGCAAAUAUACUCGAUGCUAAGACCAUCCUCCAUGGCAGCCUCUGGUGGGCUUCAUCGGUGUCCCUUGCUGUCCCUGGGCCCGAGAGUCUCAUACUCCUCGGGGAAGGAUGGAAGGGUCUCGGGGGGGCCGGCGUGCUCUGUGCCUUGGCACUGUCUUGUGCUCCCCUAGUCAACCAGAGCCCGGGAAUGGAACCCCACCCCAGCUGUGUCCAGGGGACUCACAUGUCCCCAGGAUUCCAGUGGGGCACUGUUCCCCCUUGCGGGCUCUUGGUUACUAACAGAAAGGGAUAAACUUGUGAUUUCCAGAAGAGCGUCAGGAUGGUCUGGGUUUGCCCAUCUUCCCGUCACUUCCACACACACCUGUCACAGGGUGUCCGAAGUUGGGGGAGAACUCGGAUCGUCGCCUAACCCCCAGACUCCAAGGCUUUGACAAGGCAGAGUCAGAGCAGAGCCCACCACCACCUGGAGCCCUCCUGAGCUGCCCCUGAAGGGGUCUGCACUUGAGCUAAAACGGACCACCUAUUGGUAAAUCCCCCUUGACCCAGAGGUCAGUCCUAGAACUGGGGGCUAGUACCUGUUCCCUCCUUGGACAUGUGCUCGUGAAAACAGGGGAAGAAGGUACUGCGGGCGCUGUCCCCGCACGUCAGCUCUGACAGGGGCGGGGUCCUAUUCUCUUCUGUGCCAGAGACAGCGUGGGUUAGCUUCCUCCGUCCCUGCGGUCAUGAGCGAGCCUGGGGCUGUCACUCCUGUAAGGCGCCUUGAAGAAGACAAGCCCAACCUUUGAA